CGAAGCGGGUUCCCGUUCUUUUGAAGCCCACCAUUUGAAUUGUCAACACUCUUCCCAAGUCCAACUCGUGCUCUUCACUUCUCACUCAUUCAUCCCGCUAAUCCCCUUCCUCUGAUGUUAAAUCUCACCUGAAAAAUGACGUCAACAACCGGCCGGAGAUCUGCCCGGAGUAGAAUCAAAUCCUCCGGCACCGAGGACAACGAUCACCUCAAUUCCGGCAACUUAAAGUCCAUUCCUAAAUUACGAAAACACAAUGCCAGAAACAACACUAGCUCUAUACUCAAUCUUAAUCUCAACCUCAAAGUAUUGUUAGGGUUUGGAGUUUUCACUUUCUUAAUCGCCUUGUUUUUAAUUUACCGUCUGGUUAAUUUCACCGGGGAUGUUGAUGAUAAGAUUCGUAGACUUGUCACCCCCUUUCCUUCUCCGAAACUCGCUGAUCUUCCUAUGUUUCAAGGUGAACACAAGGAGAGUUUAUACUGGGGAACUUACCGCCCAAAUGUUUAUGUUGGAAUUCGAGCUAGGGUUCAACAGUCUCUGAUUGGUGGGAUGAUGUGGAUUGGUGUAAAGGAUGGAAGGUAUUUUGUCCGACAUGUCUGCCAAGAUUCAGAUGAGCUGAAGAAGUAUGGCUGGACAUCUCAUAAUGGGCGGGAUUAUGGGCAUCAAGUUAUUAUUGACCAAGAAAUGACAUUGGAAACAAGUUUCUUGAAAUAUAGAGGAAAAAACAGUGGUUAUGGAGGAGAUUGGGUAGUUCGAAGUGAUGUGCGAACUGAAAUAAUUAACGAUGAAAAGCAGAGAAUUGGACACCUCUUCUUUUACUUGGCUGAUGAGGGAAAUAAUGCUCUGAGUCUGGGCAGAGGAGUUGUGGAUGUUCAUGAGAGUUCUUGUCUGGCAUCAGGUUCACGAGAGGAUGUCGGGAAUUGGCAGCUGCAUUUAAAAUCAGCGAAUGAUUUAGAGGUCCAUUAUUCUGGGUUCAAGACCCCUCACAUUCAUAAUUUGUCUGACCUACUUCAGGAAACUCUUGGGGACCAAGUACGAAGAUUUGGGCGUUUGCAGCUUCCAGAUACGUCGGAUGAUUCUGCAAACAUAUUAGUCUUUCAGAUAACAGCUAGAAUUCCGUUCAGUUUCGAUAUUGCUUUUCUAUCUGGAUCUGGCUUUGAUAGUUCUAAUGUUGAAGAGCGUGUUAGCAGCCUCACAGGUACUCAAUUGAAAGACAAGCUAAGCAAUAAGGAAAAUGAAUUGGAUGACAAGUUCAUAAAUUGCUUUAACACAUCUGGAAAGCUUGAUUCUAACACAGUGACAGUUGGUAAGGCUGCAAUUGGUAAUUUGUUGGGGGGAAUCGGUUACUUCUAUGGAGAAUCAAAAAUCUCGUUGCCAACUAACAUCAAUGCAAAAUCGGGAAAUAAUUUUAUUUCAUACUGGCCAGCUGAGUUAUAUACAGCUGUUCCCAGUCGCCCUUUCUUUCCUAGAGGAUUCUUAUGGGAUGAAGGUUUUCAUCAACUACUGAUCUGGCGAUGGGAUAUCUACAUCUGCUUGGAUAUUGUUGGCCAUUGGCUAGAUUUAAUGAAUGUUGAUGGAUGGAUUCCCCGUGAGCAGAUUUUAGGUGCCGAAGCUCUUAGUAAGGUCCCAGCUGAAUUUGUUCUCCAGCAUCCAACCAAUGGAAACCCCCCAACUCUAUUCUUAGUUUUACGUGAUCUGGUUUGCAGUAUGAAGAAAAAGAAUUUUAGUGAUCUUGAACAGAAAAAGAUAUCUUCCUUUCUCGAGCGGGCUUUUGUUCGUCUCGAAGCAUGGUUUCAGUGGUUCAACACUACACAAUCAGGUAAGGAGACAAAUACCUACUUUUGGCAUGGAAGAGACAGUUUAAUCAUCCAUGAAUUGAAUCCAAAGACUCUGUCUUCUGGGUUUGAUGAUUAUCCACGUGCGUCGCACCCAAGUGAAGAAGAACGUCACCUGGAUCUUAGAUGCUGGAUGUUUCUUGCAGCAGAUUGUAUGCACUCCAUCUCGGAGCUUUUUGCGGAGAAAAUUGAAUUGGGAAAGAAAUAUAGUUUGACUUCCAAGCUGCUCUCAGAUUUCGAACUUCUUAAUAAGAUGCACUUUGACAAUUCCCAUGGGACUUAUUUUGAUUUUGGAAAUCAUUCAGAAAAGGUUCGCUUAGUGUGGCAGCUUGUGGAGGAUUCUAAUGGUUUCCCUAGUCGAAAGCUUGUCCGAGAGGUGUCUAAGGAACCAGUAUUGGGGUUAGUUCCUCAUAUUGGUUACAUCAGCCUUUUUCCAAUGAUUUGGAGAAUUAUUCCUUCUAAAUCUUGGGUUCUAGGAAAACAGCUUGACAUCAUCUCAAACAAGUCCAUCUUAUGGACCGAGUUCGGACUUCGCUCUUUGGGGAAAACAAGUUCGAUGUACAUGAAACGCAACACAGAGCAUGACCCACCUUAUUGGCGAGGUCCUAUUUGGAUGAACAUGAAUUACUUGAUUCUUUCCUCGCUGCAUCACUACUCUAAAGAGGAUGGGCCGUAUAGAGAAAGAGCUGAAAAUAUUUAUAAUGAUCUGAGAAGCAAUUUGAUAAGAACCGUUGUUAAGAACUAUCAGCAAACUGGGUAUUUUUGGGAGCAAUAUGAUCAAAAGACCGGGAAGGGAAAAGGUGCACGUGUAUUUACUGGCUGGACGUCGCUUGUGCUAUUAAUUAUGGCAGAAGGUUUCAGUGAAUGUUAAAGCACUGCAACUCUGUUGGUUUUUUAUGGAAAAAUAUGGCAAAAGAAAGGCAUGUGUAAUUUAGCAAAAAGAACCUUCUGGCAACAGCUUAUUGGCCAAAAAUUACUUGUAAAGUCAAUUAGUUCUAAUCUAUCAACAAAAGUCAAUUGUUCAAAAA